GGCCCCAACGCGGGCCUGGCGAGGAGGUGGGCGGCGGAGCGAAGCUGGCUGCGGAGAAAGGAGGCAGCCGCCGGCGGAGGGCCAACAGACCUGGAAGAAAGACUGUCUUGGAGCUAACUCCUGAGCAUUUUGAGAUCAUUCAUCAUGAAGUAUGUAGUAGAGGAAUGGUUCAGAGUAACUACCUUGCUAUUCAUAGCUCAAGCAGUUUCCGCAAUGGUUCUUCCUAAUGCCACGCUCUUAGAGGAACUUUUGGAAAAGUACGUGGAUGAAGAUGGUGAGUGGUGGAUCGCCAAGCAGAGAGGGAAAAGGGCUAUCACAGACAGUGAUAUGCAAAGUAUCUUGGAUCUUCAUAAUAAAUUACGGGGUCAGGUGUAUCCACCAGCUUCCAAUAUGGAAUAUAUGACAUGGGACACAGAACUGGAGAGAUCUGCACAGUCGUGGGCUGAAACCUGUCUAUGGGAGCAUGGGCCUGCAAGCCUUCUUCCAUCAAUUGGACAGAAUUUGGGGGCACACUGGGGAAGGUACAGACCUCCAACAUUUCAUGUCCAAGCAUGGUACGAUGAAGUGAGAGAUUUCACGUAUCCCCAUCCUCAUGAGUGCAACCCAUAUUGUCCGUACAAAUGCUCUGGUCCUGUUUGUACACAUUACACGCAGGUUGUUUGGGCUACAAGUAGCAGAAUUGGUUGUGCAAUUAAUUUGUGUCAUAACAUGAACAUCUGGGGACAGAUUUGGCCGAAGGCAGUCUAUCUUGUAUGCAAUUAUUCUCCUAAGGGUAACUGGUGGGGUCAUGCUCCUUAUAAACCUGGCCGCCCCUGUUCCGCAUGUCCCCCUAGUUUUGGAGGAGGUUGCAGAGAAAAUCUUUGUUACAGAGAGGAUUCAGAAAGGCCUUAUUCUCCCCAUGAACCAGAAGAGGAAACCAAUGAGAUUGAACGGCAGCGAUCCAAAGCCCAGGAUGCAACGGUGCAAAGCCGGCCAAGAACUCAUUCACCUUCAAGCUCCACAGGCAGUGAUGACAGUGAGAAAAAUGAAGUAAUAAGCACACAGCAAAUGUCUCAGAUUGUUUCAUGUGAAGUAAGGCUAAGAGAUCAGUGCAAAGGAACAACUUGCAAUAGGUAUGAAUGUCCUGCUGGCUGUUUGGAUAGCAAAGCCAAGGUUAUUGGAAGUGUACAUUAUGAAAUGCAAUCCAGUAUUUGUAAAGCUGCCAUACAUUAUGGCAUCCUAGACAAUGAAGGUGGUUGGGUUGAUGUCACUAGGCAAGGAAGGAAAAAUUAUUUUAUCAAGUCUUAUAGAAAUGGCAUUCAGUCAAUUGGAAAAUACCAAUCUGCUAAUUCCUUCACUGUCUCUAAAGUAACAGUUCAAGCUAUCACCUGUGAAACAACAGUGGAACAAUUGUGCCCAUUUCAAAAACCAGCCUCACACUGUCCAAGAGUGUAUUGUCCUCGCAACUGUAUGCAGGCAAAUCCACACUACGCUCGUGUAAUUGGAACACGAAUUUAUUCUGAUAAAUGUGUGCAGCCAUACUGCUUUUAGGAAAAAAUGGACAUAAACACAGGUAAGAAACCAGGGAUGGGAGUCAUCUUAACUUCAGAUGCUGUCAGGGUAGAUACCUAUAUUCUAGGUUAUGUUUAUAGUAGUCUGUGGUACAUACAGUAUAGUGGUAAAGGAGAUGAAUAGGCAUCUGCAGAGCAGAAUUCAUUUGACCUUUUCAGAGUGUCUACCUCAGUAUGAGAUGAAUUGCCUAAAAGAGAUGUCUAUUCCUCUCCAUUUCCUACAGCAGGGUCCUGGGGCAUCUAGCUCAGAUGUAGACAGAUGUGACCUACCUAUAUUUGUACAGAUGUUCCCAUUGAUGGUAUCAGCAUUAUGUGAUUUUCUACAAUGUUCCUUUGUUCCUAACUUUUCAGUUAUUUUGAAACUAAGAUACUUUUUAUUGACAUUUUCACUAAAUAAUAUGAUUUGGUAUUUUGUGCAUUAUAAUAUAUUACUGAACUAGUUUCAGGUGAAGUAUUUAUAGAGAAUAAGCUGUUUAAUAAGUGUGUCCACUUUUGCAGUUUUCCAUGUAUUCACAGAUAGAUUUGUUCAUAGAUACAGAGAAUUCAUUUGCCCACUUGUCAUAGCAAAUGUAUUUGAAAUUGCAGUCCAUGAUCUACUUAGCUGAUUCCACAAAACAGAUGGUGUUUUUGUGAUGUUUCUGCAAAUUCUUUUGUUUCAAAAAUGCAUUUAUAUGUAUGUAUGCAUAUAUGCACAUGACUAUUUGCACUACUGCUUAGGCCACUUGCAUUCAGUAAAUGAAGAAGAUUUUGCAGACGUAUUAAGAAAAAAAGAAGAAAAUAACAUUAAUAGAUGUCACUAAUGCAAAAAGAUAUGUUUACAAACCCAUUUCUGUAGUAUUCAUGAGAAUCUAGUUAAACCUGUCCUUUUCUGGCUUUGGUCUGAUCAGACAUUCUUUCUUAAACUAAUUUCAUAUUUUAUGGUCACUUCUUUUCCUCCCUGUUCCUGAGAAGGGUUGUUCUCUGCUUUAUCAGUAGUGCCCCCACAGAAUUUUUACCCUUUUUUUCUCCCAUUCUUUUUUAACUUUGACAUUGCAAUCACUGUCCCUAACUCGAUUGAAACAAACGCCCCCAUUAUUUCAUCUUCCAUUCUUCCAGCCUGCUAGCUAUUGUCUCUUUGUGGCAGAUGAAUCACAGCCAUGGUUCAUAUAGCCAGCAUCUAUAAACUUACAUGUGUGAGGAGUUUUCACAUAAUACCAAUCCCUCUGUGCUCUAUACCUUGUAUUUUUUAGUUGAUGUCCUUUUGUUUCACUUGCCUUGAGGUAGAUUGCAAGCUCUUUAAAACAAAAGUAUCUCUUAUUCUGAGUUUAUAGUACAAUUAAUGUCUUUUCUGAAUAGAGCUGUUAUGAACAAGAACUGUAGUAUGUGUUGUUCUCAGCAGACAGAAGUACAAAUUACUCAUUCUUCAUAUGGCCCAAACACAUGCCACCUUUGUGCUUUGUGUCCCUGCCAGCUCCACUGCUAAGAUUUUCCACAUGGCAAUGCUUUGUCUUGUUGGGAGACCAGGGAAAAAAAAGGAAGUUUCCUCCCAUCUUGCACUGAAGAAUUCGUUCCACCUUUCAACUUUGGUUCAUCCAUUUUGUCUAAAACUUUUUGAGUCUUCUUUCUGGAAUUUCAGAAUCAUGUCAUGUUGACAAGCAUUUUAACAAUACCUGUAUUUUUAAAGCACUUUUCAAUAUGACCUCAUUUGUGAAAUAAAAGAAAAACCUUCCCAAAAAUUGAAUCAUGUCAGGCAUGAUGUGAUUGUCUGAACUCUGUUGGAGAUGAUCUUACAGCACCUACCUGUACAGAGAUUGCCCUUGCUGUUAGUCCCUGGAUUAUCAAGGUACUAAAAUAACAAACAUUUUCAUAGAAGGAGAGGCUACUUUCACUUGCAGAUUUUUUUGGUAAAAUUUUAUUUUAAUGGGCACACCUUAGAUGUGUAUAUGGUAGAAGUUCUUUACAUUCCAGUUGCCUUAUAAGAAUUUCUAAAGAGAUUUAGGUUUAAAUUUAUCUUAUUGUUUUCACAGUUGGCAACAUUUUCCCAAAGACAAUCUCAUACUAGUAGUGACUCUAUAUUAUGGGUGCUGAUUGAGCAAUUCUGUAAAAAAACCUGAGCCUCCUUCUACAGGCUAGAGAUCAACAAAGGCCUCUUAUCUAAAGAAUUUUAUGGAGUUGUAUAAUUUCAUACCAUCUGAGGACUUUGGCCAUAUUCAUUUUUGUUUCAGUAACCAUAUAUGGAAAUAUUUCCCUAUUACUUGUGCAAAAGUACUCAUAAUUCUCUGCUGUGGUAAAAUAUAAACAAUACAAUGUCAAAAAGCUAUUAAAUAAUUCUAUAGUCCUGUGAUGGUCAGGGAGAGACACUUAUGGUUAAAACGCCUUUGCAGACUACUGCUAUGCUGUUGUAGAUAUUUGGUAUUUUGCUGAGUAGCUGAAGAAGGAAAAACAUUAGGCAGCUUGGUAUUCAGAUUCUAUGACCUGUUAAAUACUAAUGAAUUUCAGAGGGUUCACAGCACAGUAAUAAAGCAGGGCCAUAUAAUGCUGUAUGAAAUGUUUAUGUUAACUUAAAAAUACUGCCUUGUAUAUCCUUUGGAGUGAGUUCAUAAAAAUUAAAGAAACAACCCCAAAUCUCUGAUGAAGAAUUCCAGAAAGUGGCAUGAGGCUGCUAAUGUAAAAUACCAAUAAUAUACCGAAAUUUGUGAUAGACCUAAGUGUGAAAUCCUGCUUUGCUUAAAUUAACAGGAGGUUCACCUUAACAGUUCAAGGAAGUGUGAUCAGGAUGACAUAAUAUUAUUAAGUAUAGGAAAUAUUAUGGCAUCAGUGCUGGAAUCGGAUUGCAUUUAGAUGAAGAUUUCCAAGCCAGUGAGAAGUUCUUGAAAGCUCAAAGCAGAUAAUACUUUCUCAAAAAAAUUAUUUUCUUUAUACAUUCAUAAAACUAUAUGCAUUUAUUCAUCUCUAUUUUGUACAAGCUAGUUCAUAAUUAUGAAUUUAUACUAAUUUAAUUGUUCAUAUAUUCAAAAACUAUGCACAUUUGUUCUGCUGGAAAGCAGCAUUAGGAUAACAGUUUAUUUUUCAUCUAAAAAUAGUCUCUAAGUUGGCCUCAUCAACCUCAUUCUUCUAACCUCUCCUUUUUCAUAUAUCCCAUAUAAGUGUCUUGCCUUUAGCUUUUAAAUGUUGUGCAUUAGCCUAGCUAUACUUCCUUGAUCCAGUCACCACUUGUGGUACUAACCCUAACAAUGGCCUCAUGCUUUACUGGAAAUAGUUUCCAAAAAGUAGUCAGGCUCUUGUGUCAAAAUCUCCAUCCCUUGACUUUUCCUUUCUUUUUUACUUGACUAGAAACUUCCAAACAACAUUGGAACAGCCAGUAUCUUAGCUACCCUGAAAUGUAAUUAUGAACGUAUCUACCUAUCUAAUGAUGUAUACAAAGUGUAGCCUUUUGGUUAUGAUUACAGAGGUGACAAACUUUGAUCUUUCUUUUCCCCGAUUAUACCUCUAGCUUUUUUUGUAUCUCCAAUGUGAACUGAAAACAAAGUUGCUAUUAUAUUAUAGUACUAGAAAUUAAUAGUGUUCUAGUUCUUCACUGUAGUUAAUUGCUUGUAAACCUCAUCUUUUGUUUCUUUAGACUGUAAUCCUGUAUUGCAGAGGCCAUUUUCCACCUGUAUAUUUGAAAUUGCACAUGAUCAGACUGAUAUUUAGUUACUCCAAUAGUAUGAGUACAUAAAGGAUGCUACAGUCCUAAAAAUAAGGCAACUACUUGUGUUCAGGAUAUAACAAAAGUCUUGCAGUCUUGGGAGGAGGAGAAAAAGUAGAGAGGAGUGUAACUGGCAUCCCUUCUGGCAUGUUCGAAAAUUGCAGCCAGCAGUGUAAAGAGAAAAACUCUAAAGCAUCUUUGCAAAAUAUUAUUUGCAUAAAAAAUUUCAAAUUUUUACUCCUAGAAAUAUCGUACCAUUAAAAUGCAAACUAUAUAACAGUGUAACUGGCAAGUUCUGUGCUUGGAAUGAAAGUAGGAAAAUCAUUGCUAUUUUAAAUUCUUGAUUUUAUAUAGCAUUGAGAUUACAAAAUACAGUAAUGCAAUUCUUGUUUAAAUAGUGGUCUGUGUGACCAGCUAUUGAUAUUUAUAUUGGCUCAGUUUUUAAGAUUGGUUGUGGAGAGACCUAUUGCAGUGAAGACUUUUUCCACAAAACAACUUGGCUUUACGUGGAGAUCCACUGUAGCUGGAACUACACUUUGAUGUGCUGUGUAUUGAAGAUUGGGACCUACAUUAUGGAGUAUCUAAGAAGUUUCAUUCUUCUGGCGAUUAAUUUUUAAAAUACUGAAAGAGUAGUAGAGGACUGCAAGUUUAAAUCAAUUAUUUAAGUGAACAUUAUCAAGAUUGACACCGAGCAGUCCUUCUGUAGAUACUAUUCAUGCUACAUAGGUUCAGGAGAGAAAUUAGUGGUCACGGAAUGUAGAUUUCACUCAGAUGAAGCUGCUGUUAACUUCACAGAGCAUUUUCAUAGAAUCAUAGAAUAUCAGGUUGGAAAGGAUCUCAAGUAUCAUCUGGUCCAACCUUUCUUGACAAAAGCACGGUCUAGACAAGAUUGCCCAGCACCCUGUCCAGCCGAAUCUUAAAAGUGUCCAGUGGUGGGGAAUCCACCACCUCCCUGGGUAGAUUAUUCCAAUGGCUGAUUGUUCUCAUUGUGAAAAAUGUUCCUCUUUUGUCCAAUUGGAAUCUCCCUAGGAGUGACUUAUACCCAUUACCCCUCAUCUUUUCCAUGUGACUCCUUCUAAAAAGGGAGUCUCCAUCUUCUCUGUAGCCACCCUUUAAAUACUGGAAUAUGGUAAUAACGUCUCCCCUAAGCCUUCUUUUCUCCUGGCUGAACAAGUCCUUUGAUCAUCUUUCUGGCCCUUCUCUGGACCUUGUCCAGCCUGUCCACAUCUUUUUUGUAUAGUGGGGAUCAAAACUUAACACAGUAUUCCAGGUGGAAUGUGGCCUGACAAGUGCUGAACAAUGACUUCUUUAUCUCUGCUGGUGAUGCCCUUGUUGAUGCAACCCAGCAUCCUGUUGGCUUUCUCUGCUGCUGCAGCACACUGUUCACUUAUGUUGAGCUUGUUGUCCAUCAGGACCCCCAGGUACCUUUCCACAGAGCUGCUCCCCAGCUGGGUAGAUCCCGGUCUGUGCUGCAUGCCUGGAUUAUGUUUUCCCAGGUGCAAGACCUUACAUUUGUCUUUGUUGAACUUCAUAAGGUUAUUCUUAGCCCACUCUUCCAGCCUAUCCAGGUCUUUCUGCAGGGUGGCUCUCCCUUCCAAAGUGUCCACUUCCCCACUCAGUUUGGUAUCAUUGACAAACUUCAUCAGGGUACACUUGAUCCUAUCGUCCAGAUCACUUAUGAAGAUACUAAACAGUGUCGGGUCCAAUAUCAAUUCUUGGGGGACCCUGCUAUGUUACAGGUUGCCAAUUUGACAAUGAGCUAUUUACCACCACCUUAGUUGAUAAGCUAAAACCACUAGCCUGCCAUUAAUCAACUGUCAUAGCUAAGGAAUGAUUUUAGACCUCUAUCUUCUGUUUGAUGCUCACAUUAUCAUUUUAAUCUAAUUAGCUUAGCAUUUGUCCGUGCCUGGAUAGGAAAUUGUGAUGUUCCCUUUGAAUAUGGAUCAUUUCACUGCUGUUUGAGGUUUUGCGUGUAGAGGUGGAAUUACUGCAGUCUAUCCCUCACCUUUGGGGUAGGACAUCCUCCUAGAAACAUAUGACUGCAGCGUGCCUUUCUGUUCUAUGGUUCCCCUGUUUGGCUCUGGCUGGAAAGUAAACUGAAUCCUCUGAUCUGCAAUAAUUGACUAAGGUUUGGUUUUUAUUAGCUCUCUGCUGUUGAAGUGAAGGUUGGUAGAAUUCAAACAUGUUCCUGAUCUUUGAACUGAGAUUGCCUGAAAUAAAUGAUUUUGGGGUCAUGCUGCAGGAGAUCUUUGAAGAUGCACUGUCUGUAUUCCUAUAAACUGGCCUAAUUCCUGUGAAACUGAUUUAAAUAUUGUAAGAUUCAUGCAAUAAAUAUAAUUAUUUUAUGUUUCCUAGAACUUUGUUUUAAUGUCUAUAGUAGUUUUCUUCUAAAUAAUUUUGAAAUAAAAGGAUGAAUGAAAACUAAUCUUCUCCUCAUUC